AUGGAGAAGCAAGCCGUUUUGAAUGUCGUCGAGAGUUUCUUCGCAGGCAUCUCAAGCAGGCGCCCCCCAUUCGUGGCAGCCCGCGAGUUGAUUAUCCCGGAUGCAUUCUGCGUCUUUUCCCACUUGGACGAGCUCUGGGUCAACCGGCUCGACAAGACUAUGGACAGGAUUGAGUCAAAGGUCCACGCAGCCAUGGGCUCUAUCAAAGAGUUCAAGGAAGAGCUCACGCAGCCAGGGCCAGAAAUUUGGGUAACCGGGGAUUUGGCCGCGGUUUGGACGGGCCACCAGACGCUCAUCGACGGCAAUCGGGUAGCUCAGAGCAUCAAGCUUAUUUCGCUGCAUAAAACAGCGACCGGAUGGAAGAUAUGCGGCGUUGCAGACAGCCAGCAGGCUUGGGGCUGCAAAGUCCUCAAAGAACCUGAGCCUGAGAUGCUGGAACGGAUAUACGCCACGUGCAAAUCGGCGGCAGAUCACCAUUGGGACUCGACAAUAACAUUUUGCCUAACUGGAGGUGGAAAGACCAGUUCUCGACGCCACGGAGGGGGACUCGUCUCCUCCACAUGGCCCGAAAUGAUGGAAAAUGCAAAAGAGCCGCCGGUUGGCAAAAGUGACAGCACGGCCAUAACCGAUAUCGAUGUUCGGGUGUGUGGAGGGUUUGGAUUCGCAUGGACCACGUUUGUCAUUCAACACGACGGCGGGACGGCAGAACGGAUCGUCGCCGCUAUUACGCUUCUCAAGGACUCGGGCAAAUGGCUCAUCACGGGCUGUCAAGACACCAGUCUGUCAUUGGAGAAGGGUUCUGAGUGA